GGCUGCCAGAGAAAGACGUGAUUGUUGUCAUCGUUGCCUCCGUCCCGGCCCUCCCAGCCCUCCACCCCCCGCGCUCCCACCGCCCUCGGCUCCCGGCAACAAAACCCCCGCGCUCGGGCCGGGCUCGCUCGUGGCGGAGCAGAGAGGAGGAGGAGGAGGAGGAGGAGGAGGAGGAGGAGGAGGGAGACAGCCAGAGAGAAACUUGUCUUGGGGAUUAAUAAGAGGCAGGAGGAGGGAGAGGUGCACACAGGGAAACAUCUGGACCAUGAAGGUGGCCCUCAGGUUGCUUCUCCCACUCGUUCUCGUGCUGGUCUCGGGGGUGGGCGGGCAGCGGAGGAAACCUCCCCGCAAACCCACCCGCCCGCCCCCGCCCUUCGUGGAGCCCGUGGAGCCCACAGAGCUGCCCCCACCCCUGCCCCCGGGCCCCCCCUCCGUCUUCCCAGACUGCCCCCGGGAAUGCUACUGCCCCCCGGACUUCCCCUCCGCCCUGUACUGCGACAGCCGCAACCUGCGCAAGGUGCCCGUCAUCCCGCCCCGCAUCCACUACCUCUACCUGCAGAACAACUUCAUCGACGACCUCCCCGAGGAGUCCUUCAGGAACGCCACCGGCCUCAAAUGGGUCAACCUCGACAACAACCGCAUCCGCAAGGUGGACAGGCGGGUGCUGGAGAAGCUGGAGAACCUCAUCUUCCUCUACAUGGAGAAGAACCAGCUCAAGGAGGUGCCCGCCUUCCUGCCGCCCAACCUGGAGCAGCUGCGGCUGAGCAGGAACCAGAUCUCCAAGAUCCCUGCUGGGGUCUUCAACAAGCUGGAGAACCUGGUGCUCCUGGAUCUGCACCACAACAAGCUGAGCGAUGGGGUCUUCAACAAAAACACCUUCAAGGGACUCAAGAACCUCAUGCAACUCAACCUGGCCCACAACAUCCUGAGGAAGAUGCCCCCCGGGGUGCCCAGCGCCAUCCACCAGCUCUUCCUGGACAGGAACAACAUUGAGGACAUCCCCAGUGACUACUUCAAGGAGUUCCCCAACCUGGCGUUCAUCCGGCUCAACUACAACCAGAUCUCUGACAAGGGGCUCCCCAAGGACUCCUUCAACCUCACCAACCUGCUGGUGCUGCACCUGGCCCACAACAAGCUCACCAACGUCCCCUUCAUCAGCCCCAAGCUGGAGCACCUCUACCUGAACAACAACUCCAUUGAAAAGAUCAACGGGACGCAGAUCUGCCCCACCUCGCUCGUGUCCAUCCAGGACUUCUCCCCCUCCAACCUGGACGGCGUGCCCCGGCUGCGGUACCUGCGGCUGGACGGGAACCUGCUGAAGCCCCCCAUCCCCCUGGACCUGAUGAUGUGUUUCCGCCUCCUGCAGUCCGUGGUUUUCUAGCCCUGCCCCUCCUGCCCCAGGACUUGGCCUUGCACAGAGACUCGUCCCCUCGGCGGUGUCUGACACGUGGGACCCCCUUUGCCUCCCUCUCCCCCUGCUCACGCCCUG